AUGUCUGGUCUAUCAUUAUAUUCUGUACAAAGCAUUUUGAUACUUGAUUCCCAAGGUAAUAGAAUAUAUGCUAAGUAUUACCAGCCUCCACCAAACGUUUUAGGACAUAACCAACAUGCUGCUUUCACAUCCUUUAGAGAAAAUGAAUUAUUUAGUUCCUUGAAAAAACAAGAAGAUUUUGAAAAGAGGUUAAUUAAAAAGACUCAUAAGCAAGAUAGUGAAGUUAUGUUAUUUGAAAAUAAACUUGUAUUUUAUAGAGAAUAUAUUGAUCUAACAAUUUAUUUAAUCGGUGAUCCGAAUGAAAACGAAAUCAUUCUACAAACAUCUUUCAAUGCUUUAAAGAAUUCCUUAGAAUUGAUAUUAAAUAAUGGUAUUGAUAAGAAAAAUGUUCAAGAAAAUUACGAUAUGGUUCUUUUGACUAUAGAUGAAAUCGUAGAUAAUGGGAUUAUCCUGGAGACCGAUUCACAAACAAUUGCAUCUAGAGUCAGCAAACCACCUACAAAUGACAACCAAUUACCUUUAGACUUUGAUAAAGGAUUAUUGGGUGCAUGGGGUUUUGCAAAGAGCAAAUUACAGGAAAGAUUACAGCAAGGUUUAUGA